UUAAUAACCAGCCUCCAAGUUUUAGUCAGUGUUCAGCCGCUCUAGGGAUUCAUUUCCUUUCAGCCAUCCGUCCCCCUCAAACUCUCAAGAGUUCCGCGCCGUCCUCUCCGCCGUAUACUCCGCCGUACUCUCCGCCGUCCUCUACGUCGGUGCCGCUCCUCCACCGCUUUAUACCUCUGUAGUUCCUAAUAUUAAGCAGAACGUGCAGAUUUUUCUUACGCCAUUUUCUAAUGGCGUCAUCAAUGAAAUUCACAGAUUGCUCCCCUUCUGCCGCUGUUCGUCUUUUUCCCUCUACUCGAACCAGGCUUCGAAGCUCCGAUGACGCUGUUCUCUUUCGCCGUCUUCUUGGCCUUUCGCACCCUGCCUUUCCUAGAACUUUCGUUUCUCGCUCUUCGACUUCAACUUUGCCCGUCAUCUCGGCUUCAAUUUCAACCGAGGCAACUGCAGAAGUGAUUGAUGGAAAAUUGGUGGCGAAGCAGAUUAGAGAGGAGAUUACUGCUGAAGUAUCUCGAAUGAAGGAGGCCAUUGGUGUUGUUCCAGGCUUAGCAGUCAUCCUUGUUGGAGAUAGGAAGGAUUCUGCAACUUAUGUACGAAAUAAGAAAAAAGCUUGUGAAUCUGUGGGUAUUAAAUCUUUCGAAGUAAACUUGCCUGAAGAUUGUACCGAGCAAGAAGUACUCAAGUAUAUAUCCGACUUCAAUGAUGAUCCACAUGUUCAUGGCAUCCUUGUUCAGUUACCUUUACCUAAACAUAUGAAUGAACAGAAUAUAUUGCAUGCUGUUAACAUUGGGAAAGAUGUAGAUGGAUUUCACCCGCUAAACAUUGGUCGUCUUGCAAUGAGAGGUGAAGAACCAUUGUUUGUUCCAUGUACGCCAAAAGGGUGUAUUGAAUUGCUGCAUAGAUAUAACAUUAGUAUCAAAGGGAAGAGAGCCGUUGUAAUUGGUCGAAGCAAUAUUGUAGGAACUCCAGCUGCUCUUUUGCUUCAAGGAGAAGAUGCAACAGUCAGCGUUGUUCAUUCUAGGACCAAAGACCCUGAAGAGUUAACAAGACAAGCUGAUAUCAUCAUCUCUGCAGUUGGCAAAGCCAAUAUGGUCAAGGGCAGUUGGAUAAAGCCCGGAGCAGUUAUUAUCGACGUUGGAAUUAAUCCAGUAGAGGAUGCAAAUAGUCCUCGUGGGUAUCGGCUAGUUGGAGACGUUUGUUAUGAGGAGGCUAGCAAAAUAGCUUCAGCCAUUACUCCUGUACCUGGUGGGGUUGGGCCGAUGACGAUAGCAAUGCUGCUCUCCAACACACUUACAGCAGCCAAAAGAACACAUAACUUCCAGUGAAAUUUUGGAAGUUUAUUAUGAUUUUAUGGAAAGCUUCCCUUUAGCAAGGACUAAGCGGUAAAAUAACCUCCCAUGCGAGUGACCUCAUAUCUUCUUCAAGUCACAAUUUUAACUUAAUUUCUUUUGGGAGAAUGAGUUGUGAAGAUUGUUUUGUGUUGAGUAUCAUCAACCCUUGUAUUUGUUGGGUCUUUUCUAUUCUGAAUAACCACAGGGGAAUAGGAUUACGCAUUUUGUAGUUACUUAGGAAUGUGCGGAAAUAGUUCAAUGGACAUAGUGUUUGUAUUAUUAACUUCGAAGUGAGAGGUUUGACGCUCAACUCUAGUUAGAGAUGCAAAUUAUAAUAAAUUAAACUGAUUAAAACAGGACGUGAUUUGGCAA